AGCCGGGCCUGGCGGGCAGGGCCGGGAGGGCGCGCGCGGCAGGGGAGGGCGUGGGCGAUCUCCCGGCAGCCACCUCCGUACCAUCACCCGGGCGGGCCUCGGCGGAGCUGCGCUGCUGCGUGAGUUUUCCAGGUAUCGCUUCCCCCCUCCAACCUGUGGCUAAGAACGUGAGGCAAGAUGAACAAACUUGCUGGUGGCGGUAUGGAGCAGUGAGAGUCCACACACACAGAGUUAAUUGACACCAGCAGUCCAAAGACAAGUGUUCCAUCUUUGGUCCUGCUAUGUCAUAAUGGACUUUAUCGGAGUUGGUUUCUUCAUUGCUUAAAAUGAGGUAUUUUUUGCCAUCUGUGGAAAUUUGCCUGUAAUUCAUUUUCCUUGCUGUAGUAUUGAUAAUUAUACCAAAUUGAAAAGAUAUGAAUGAAUAUCCUAAAAAAAGAAAAAGGAAGACUUUACACCCUUCUCGUUAUUCAGAUUCUUCUGGAAUAAGCAGAAUCACAGAUGGAGUCAGUGGAAUCUUUUCUGAUCAUUGUUACAGUGUCUGCUCUAUGAGACAGCCUGACUUAAAAUACUUUGACAACAAAGAUGAUGAUUCUGAUCCUGAGACAUCAAAUGACUUGCCCAAAUUUACAGACGGAACCAAGGCCAGAAACAGGAAUCAGAACUACCUUGUUCCCAGCCCCGUGCUUAGAAUUCUAGACCACACUGUCUUUUCCACAGAAAAGUCUGCUGAUGUGGAAAUCUGUGAUGAAGAAUGUGAUUCACCCGAGUCUGUGCCUCAGCACACACAAGAGGAGAGCCCUAUAGAGGUUCAUACCUCAGAAGAUGUCCCAAUUGCUGUAGAAGUUCAUGCUAUUUCUGAAGAUUAUGAUAUAGAAACAGAGAACAAUUCCUCCGAGAGCCUCCAAGAGCAGACUGAUGAAGAGCCACCAGCUAAACUCUGUAAAAUACUUGACAAGAGCCAAGCUUUGAAUGUGACUGCCCAACAGAAGUGGCCUUUACUGCGAGCCAACAGCAGUGGCCUCCACAAGUGUGAACUUUGUGAGUUCAACAGUAAGUACUUUUCCGACCUAAAGCAGCAUAUGAUCCUGAAACACAAGCGCACUGACUCGAAUGUGUGUCGAGUGUGUAAGGAAAGCUUUUCCACUAAUAUGCUUCUCAUUGAGCACGCCAAACUUCAUGAAGAAGACCCCUACAUCUGUAAGUACUGUGACUAUAAGACAGUGAUCUUUGAGAACCUCAGCCAGCACAUUGCGGACACCCACUUCAGCGACCACCUUUACUGGUGCGAGCAGUGUGACGUGCAGUUCUCCUCCAGCAGUGAGCUCUACCUGCACUUCCAGGAGCACAGCCGCGAUGAACAGUACCUGUGCCAGUUCUGUGAGCACGAGACAGGUGACCCUGAGGACCUGCACAGCCACGUGGUCAAUGAGCAUGCCCGAAGACUGAUAGAGCUGAGUGACAAGUGCAGCGGUGGUGGGCACGGGCAGUGCAGCCUGUUAAGCAAGAUCACCUUUGACAAAUGCAAGAACUUCUUUGUGUGUCAAGUAUGUGGAUUUCGUAGCAGACUUCACACAAACGUGAACAGACAUGUUGCUAUCGAGCAUACUAAAAUCUUCCCCCACGUUUGUGAUGACUGUGGGAAGGGCUUUUCCAGCAUGUUAGAAUAUUGCAAGCAUCUAAAUUCACAUUUAUCUGAAGGGAUUUAUUUAUGCCAAUAUUGUGAAUAUUCAACAGGACAAAUUGAAGAUCUUAAAAUUCAUCUUGACUUCAAGCAUUCGGCUGACUUGCCUCAUAAAUGCAGUGACUGCCUGAUGAGGUUUGGGAAUGAAAGGGAAUUAAUCAGUCACCUUCCAAUCCAUGAGACUACCUGACUGUUAACUUUACAUAAUGUUUAUGUAAAAUAAUUUUUUUUUAAUAUUAAAAUGGGUGAUCUGAA